AUGCUUCGACUCCUGACCAGAUCGCGGGCCACCCCCCUCCGUGUGAUCUCGCGUGCAUACUCCACCCCCUCGCAGCCCAAGGUGCCCUCCAGCGUCGCCGCAGGAACCGUUCUCAAGGGUUGCAACGUGCGAAAGAACGGCCAGGACCCCGUGGCCCUGGAGGACUCGGAAUACCCCCAGUGGCUGUGGGACAUUCUUGAUCCCGCGGCCCAGAAAGCCAAGCUUGCUGCCGACCCCGUGCGAGCGGCCCGAAAGGCCCAGAAGGCUCGAGCCAAGGCCAUUAUGCAGGAGAACAACUUCGUCUCCAAGAUGAACAAAUAA